GAGUGCGUUGAAAGAGUGCGGCUGCUGUAGGUUAUUGCAAGUGGAGGACUACCCGAACUCUGCGCGGUAUGAGGGAAGCAGCGUGAUGUUAUUGAAGAAUGAGACAAGAAAAUUAGGCAAAUGAGAUGGUUGCGCGUAUACUUUAUUGCAGCGUGGAAGAAUAAUCAAUGGCCACUUUUUCCAGGGCAAAAUGGGCUCAGAUGCGGUUGAACUAACGUGAGCGCAAUCUGGGGUUGACUCCGAGAGUCUCUGCGCGCUCUCUGCGCAGGAGGUUUAACAUUGGUGACAGUUUAAUAAAGAAUAGAAGGUUCUGUUGUUGAGGUCUUUACUCCAACAUCCCAUCAAAACUGUGGUUGCAAAGAAACGAAUGUCAAUAGACAGUAUGACGGCUGUACGUAGCGCCCAUGCACAUAAUGGGAGCUCCGCUGGAUCAAAGGAGGAUGGACAAAACACACCGAGCCCGGUUAACACCGGCCCCAAUACAAACGUAUUUCCACCGGCAGACACCGGCGAUGACAAGUCUGGGUCUUCCGUCGGUGAACUAACUCAGACAUGGAUUCAGUUUACAAAGACAUUCGUGCUCAUUUUUCCCAUAUAUGUUUUGGGAUAUUUUGAAUUCAGUUUCAGUUGGCUCUUAAUAGGACUUGUAAUAUUUUUCUGGUGGAGGAGAAACACAGGAUGCAAGAACACCCGACUGUACAGAGCCUUGGCGUUCUUUGAACAGGAGGAGAGAACUGUCAAACAAAGUCUGACAGCUUCUGAUUUGCCAUCAUGGGUCAACUUCCCAGAUGUGGAAAGAGUAGAGUGGCUGAACAAGACUGUGAGACAGAUGUGGCCGUAUAUUUGCCAGUUCAUAGAGAAGCUGUUCCGCGAGACUAUCGAGCCGGCCGUGAAGGGAGCCAACUCCCACCUCAGCACGUUCCGCUUCAGCAAGAUCAACAUGGGGGACAAGCCUUUAAGGAUCAACGGGGUCAAGGUUUACACAGAGAAUGUGGACAAGCGUCAGAUCAUCAUGGACCUACAGAUCAGUUUUGUUGGAAAUACUGAAAUUGAUGUGGACAUCAAAAGAUACUACUGCAAAGCUGGUAUUAAGAGCAUACAGCUCCAUGGAGUGUUGAGAGUAGUCAUGGAGCCGUUGCUAGGUGACAUGCCCCUGAUAGGAGCCUUGUCCCUGUUCUUUCUGAAGAAACCUCUUUUGGACAUCAACUGGACAGGCCUCACCAAUAUACUAGAUAUUCCUGGGCUCAAUGGCUUGUCUGACAGUCUAAUUCAGGACAUGAUCUACAGCUACCUGGUGUCGCCCAACCGCAUCACUAUCCCACUGGUGGGGGAUGUAGAACUUGCUCAGCUACGUUUCCCUAUGCCAAAAGGAGUCCUGAGGAUUCACUUCCUGGAGGCUCAGGACUUGGAAGGGAAGGAUAAAUUCCUGGGUGGCCUGAUCAAGGGGAAGUCUGACCCUUACGGCGUCCUCCAUAUUGGAAACCAGCUCUUCCAGAGCAAGACCGUCAAAGAGAGCCUGCACCCCAAAUGGAACGAAGUUUACGAGGCACUGGUAUAUGAGCACUCAGGCCAACACCUGGAGAUUGAGUUGUUUGAUGAGGACCCAGACAAAGAUGAUUUCCUGGGGAGCCUGAUGAUCGAUAUGAAAGAGCUUCACAAAGAGCAGAAGGUAGAUGAGUGGUUUGACCUGGAAGAAGUCUCCACGGGGAAACUACACAUGAAACUGGAGUGGCUCUCUUUGCUCUCUACCCCUGACAAGAUGGACCAGGUAUUAAGGAGUGUGCGAGCUGACCGCAACCUGGCCAAUGGUGGACUCUCGUCUGCUCUGCUGGUGGUGUACUUGGACUCAGCCAAGAACCUCCUGAGCGACCUGUUUAAUUUCAACCAUGACGUGUUGAAGCAAGCCUCUGUCUUUAAGUCCCGGAAGUCCGGCAAGAAAACGAGCAGUGAACCAAGUCCUUGCGUUCAUUUCACAGUUGGGAACAAAUCAUUUGAGAGUAAGAUCCGCCAUAAAACCAAUGAGCCCAUGUGGGAGGAAGCUUUCUCCUUCCUCAUCCAUAACCCCAGGAGGCAGGAGCUGGAAGUGGAGGUGAAGGACGACAAGCACAAGUGCACCCUGGGUAAUCUUACAGUCCCUUUGAGUGGUCUAUUGGUGGAAGAGGACAUGAUGUUCACUCAGCAAUUUUCCCUGAGGAACUCUGGACCCAGCUCCACACUCAAACUGAAGUUGGCACUCAGGGUUCUGUUUCUGGAGAAGCAGACGCGUGCGUCGGAACAGCCCUCCUCUGUCCAAGUGAGGAAAGCCAGCGUGGUCAACCCCACCGUCCCCUCCCAGAGACUCUCCACAUCGGAGUCACCUCUUCCCCCAGACACCAACCCCCCAACACCACCAAUGGAGGCCGCCACCUACACCCUCCAUCGCAGAGAGGAGCAGAGGGAGGAGCUGUACGCAGGCAGCCCCAUCAGGAGCACCUCCAUCAGGAGCACCUCCAACCUGAACCCCACCAUAUCCAGCUCCCAGAAACACCUGCCCCACAAGGACUCCAUGGCCAGCCUGGCUUCGGACAUCUCCCUGCCCUUCGCCACCCUAGAGCUGCAGCAGAGGCUCAGGCAGCUGCAGAAUGGGUCUGCCCCUAGUCCAUACCCCAUGGGGGAGAUUCAACUGACUGUCCGUCACAGCUCCCAGAGGAACAAGCUCAUCGUGGUGGUGCAUGCCUGUCGAAACCUCAUUGCGUUCGCCAAGGAUGAAUCAGAUCCUUUCAUUCGGAUUUAUCUGCUCCCUGACAAGAGCCGGACAGGCCGGAGGAAGACCGGCAUCAUAAAGAAAACCCUGAACCCUGUGUAUGAUCAAACGUUUGAGUUUAGUGUGUCCAUGGUGGAGCUGCACAGGAGAACUCUGGACAUCGCUGUGAAGAAUGGAGGAAGUAUACUGUCCAAACACAGAGGACUCCUCGGGAAGGUGAUUGUGGAUUUGAGUGGUGAGGAUAUAUCCAAGGGCUGGACGCAAUGGUAUGACCUCACUGAAGAUGGCAGCCGAAAAACGGUCCAGGCAUAGAGAGGGACAUAGGAAGACCUUCACCUCCAUAAUCAUAAACACACAUCCUGCUGUUUCAACCCUAGUGACAUUCAAUUCAAAAAGGCUUUAUAGGCAUGACAAAAAUCUAAUUUUGUAUAUCCAAUUUGACAUUCAUAGAAACACACAUCACUCUGCUUUCAUUUAGUGUUAGCACUUAUCAAAGGGGACAUCAUUUUAAUGUUCUUACUUUUUCCCCCUUUCAUUUGUGUUUUAUAUCAUGUUGACGCAUGCAGAGAUACAACUUGAAGUGUCGCUGUAACGUGCUGUUCCUGCACUAUUGAAAGACAUCAAAGUUUCACAAAAUUGUCCUGAUUUUGGUUAAUGUGUCAUAAAGCACAUUUACUGCCUUGUUUUCUAACUUGUUCAGUGUUUAUACAUGCAUAAAUGGACUAAAUCGUU